AUGAAGUGGCCGAGCAAGAAGGGCGAGAUGUGCGGCAUCGUGGUGAUCCAGUUCAUGAUGGCGGCGCUGCUGAUGCUGUGCGCGUGCUACCCGCUCGUGCACGACGACCACGCCUUCGAGAUCCUCGUGGGCAUCGCUCUCCCAAGCUUCCAGGAGGUGCACCUGGCGCUGCUGGCCGGGUUCGCCCUGCUGGGCACGUUCGCCCGCCGCUACAUGUACAGCUCGCUGGGCCUCAACAUGCUGCUGGCCUCCCUGCUGCUCCAGUGGGCGCUGCUCUGCAACGGCUUCUACAACAUCCUGCCCGAGGCCGGAGGCCGCUUCGUGGUCACCCUUGCAAGUUUGGUGCGUGCAGACUUGACGGUGUGCACCGUGCUGAUAUCGGCGGGCCUGCUGCUGGGGACGCUGACGCCCCUCCAGAUGGUCGUGAUGGGAAUCAUCGAGACGGCCGUCAGCACGGCCACCCAGCGCAUCGGCACCAGAGUCAUCAAGGCGGCGGACGCGGGCGGUUCCCUGUACGUGCACAUGUUCGGCGCCGCCUUCGGACUGGCCGCCGGAAUCACUGUGCGCCACGGGGACGCCACGGCGCAGCGACGCUCCGACACAACAGACUCGUUCGCCAUGCUCGGCACCGUCUUCCUGUGGUGUCUGUGGCCCACCAUGAACGCGGCCACGUCCGUGGGCAUGGCCGAGGUGUCGCGCUGCAUGGUCAACACCUACCUGGCCAUGCUCUCCUCCACCGUCAUCGCCUUCCUCUGUUCGGCCAUCUUCAGCCGGCGCACCAGAUUCUCCUUGGUCCAGGUCCAGAACGCGUCGCUGGCUGGAGGCGUGGCGGUCGGCGCCAGCUGCGACAUGGUGCUCCACCCUGCCGGCGCCAUCGGCGUGGGGCUGGUGUCCGGUUUCGUCUCUUCCAUGAGCUACACCUACCUGCAGCUUUUCCCUAGCUAUGAUGGACAGGCACGUUAG